AAUAGGGGAAGUUGACAGAGCGCAGCGCUUUGCGUGAGUUCAGUGUUUGCAAAUACAGAGUGAGCUCAACAGACGGACUAGCGGACUCCGAGCAAAGCGACGGCUGCACUGCGUUGCUAUUGCACGAAGAGGACGCUUGCUUGUCACACUUCAUCCCUGAUUCAUCAAGACUUUCUUUCUGUCUUUUACUGCCUGAUACGUGGGAUUGCGAUGGAUGUUCUACCAAUGUGCAGCAUAUUUCAGGAACUUCAGAUCGUUCACGAGACUGGCUAUUUCUCUGCAUUGCCAUCGCUUGAAGAAUACUGGCAACAGACUUGUCUGGAGCUGGAGAGGUAUUUGCAGAGCGAGCCGUAUGUCUCUGGAUCUGACCUCAAGUUUGAGGGCCAGGAGGAUCUUUGGAGCAAGCUCAUCUUGGCUUGUGGAGAUAAGGGAGAUGGGAACGGCAACCUUCCCAGCGUCAAGGAGGACGACAAUCAGGACUGCCAAAUAUUAGAAACCAACAGCAUGAAUUCGGAUGCCAGCAGCGAGGCGUCUGACAGUUCGGAGGAGCUCUCGCCCACUCACAUCUUUACCUCCAACCCGCUGGGCUCGGUUCUGACGGAGUCAGCGCAUCACUUGAGUUCCUCCAUCAUCAGCACGCCUCCGUCCUCGCCAGAGACGCCCCAGGAGCCCAGCAUCCCUCAGGUGUGGGGCUCCACGCAGACUGACUUGCACGUGCCGGUGAAGAUCCGGCAAAACGGACUGGGGAAGGCCUCGGAUAAGGCUUCCGCAGGAGGGGACGCCUCUCCGGACGGCAGGAGGAGAGUGCACAGGUGUCACUUCAACGGCUGCCGGAAGGUUUACACGAAGAGUUCUCACUUAAAAGCACAUCAGCGGACUCACACAGGUGAGAAGCCGUACAGGUGUUCAUGGGAAGGCUGCGAGUGGCGCUUUGCGAGGAGCGACGAGCUAACCCGACACUUCAGGAAGCACACCGGUGCAAAGCCAUUUAAAUGCAGUCACUGUGACAGGUGUUUCUCCAGGUCGGACCACCUGGCCCUGCACAUGAAGAGGCACCUCUGAGCGGGCCAUAGCUUCACGCUGGGGAUAUGUUGUGUCCUGACCAGCUUCCUGGUUGACCUGGCCCUGCAAGAAAUGGGGGGAGUGUGUUCCAGCCAAAGCAUGCCAUUUUGCACCAUAUCCUGUGCCUCCAUGAGCCCCGGGAUAAAGGCGGACUGACUGGUUGUUGAAACGAAAAAGGAAGGGACAAAAUCAUGUAUGAAGAAUCAAAGAGAGGAGGAUGAUUUAUUAAAAAAUGAAAAAGUUUCAAAAAAAAAAAAAGAGCGAGAGAAUGAAUGGUGUGUUGUAUGGUGCAUGAUGUUUCGGGACAACUCCUGGACUAUACACUGGUACUUUAAAACAAAUCCUAAAGACAACCUGCUUGACGUGAGCGGAUGAAUGUCCCGUGUGCGAAGAAGGGUGGGAGGGGGGUACCAGUGUAUCGCUGUGGGCUGAAUGGUGUUGGGGAACAAGUUCUGUAUUUGUUUCCACGUGGUAUGCGAGAACCGUGAGUGAAGCCGUGAGACUGAGAACUCCUGCCUGACGCCCCCGGGCUCUGGGAUUGCAGGGGGCGUGGCGGCCAGGGUUUCACCCCCUGCCCCCAUCUAAAAGUGGGGGGGGGGCUCAGUCCUGAAUGAAAGUGGCUUUUUUGGUGUUCGGUGCAGCUACUAAGUGUGCAAUGUGUUCGGUAGCUUGUUAUUUGACAGGCUACAAAAGCUCAUUUGUAGUCUGUUGUAUAAGCUGUGUGCUUAGAGAUGUAACACAAUUAUAACAUCACUAUCAUAAACAGUUGUUGCAUGGUAUUGGGGUUUGUACAAUUUUUUUUUUUUUUGUAAUUGGGACUGCAGAUAGAUUCCAAUAAAGCGCAGCUAAAUACAAUUGGGUUAAAUGUUACAAUAUUGUACAUAAAAACAUUGAUCAUUCUCCACUCAUUUUUCUUUCUGGUGGAGGGAAGAAUCCCAUCGAUCAGUGACCAUUUCAUACAAGACUCGUUUUGUCACCUUGAAAACUAAAUUCUCUCUUUCUAUCUCCAUUUUACCUGUUGUUAAUGCACUGUUGGCCUUAAUGGUGCCUUAUGCAAGUGACCUUUCCCAUUGGGGGUCACAAAAUGUCUCAAAUAAAUGAUUGAAAAAGCUUUAUUAAGGCUCUGUUUCACCUCGACAUGCACCUUUCUCAUUUCUGAGGCCACUGUAACCAAGCCCUUGUAGAUACGUAAUAUAUAUUGUUAUUCUCGAGCAUGCGAUUUCAUUCUUUCUCAUUAAUAUUUGCCCUCGCAUUUCUUGAUGUUGUCAAAUCCGCGAUGUAGAGCACUUAAAGUUUUAGUAUCUACUGAACGUUUUGAAUACGCUGUAGAUGCAAGAUAUCUGUCUGUGGAGGUGUGUGCAAGGCAAAAAGCUCUUAAAAUGUGAAAACAGGCCGUUGUAUAACACAAGGCUGAAAGUUUGUGGAAUGCCAACCCCCCGUCCCCUGUAACCAAGAAUAAAGG